UCCCUCCUGAGCCAUGUCCCCAAGCCAGUUGUUGCCUUUUCUACUGCUGCCAUGAGAAGUUCCCUUGCGCUGUUGGCAUGAAGCAGUGCAGACUGAGUAUCCUGCAGUGCUGGAGGUCAGAGCCUGCGCUGGGCGUUUCAGAUUUUUGCUGUGAGACUUAUAAAUAACUAUGGGAGAUAUUCUGGCCCAUGAAUCUGAAUUACUUGGACUAGUGAAAGAGUAUUUAGAUUUUGCUGAAUUUGAAGACACUUUGAAGACAUUUUCAAAAGAAUGCAAAAUAAAAGGAAAACCAGUAUGUAAACCAGCAGGUGGAUCUUUAAAGAAGGACUGCAAAUCAUUGAUAAUUCAGAAGGAUCUUGUGGCUGCGUUCGACAAUGGAGACCAGAAGGCGUUCUUUGAUCUGUGGAAGGAGCAUGUUCCCAGCUCUAUCCGAGACGGCGACUCCCUGGCCCAGAAGCUGGAAUUCUAUCUUCACAUCCACUUUGCUGUCUAUCUUCUGAAGUUCUCUGCAGGGAGGCCGGACAAGCAGGAGCUAGAUGAAAGGAUUUCCUACUUCAAAACCUACCUGGAGACCAAGGGAGCAUCGCUGAGCCAGACCACGGAGUUUCUUCCUUUCUAUGCCCUCCCUUUUGUGCCCAACCCCAGGGUACACCCUGCGUUUAAAGAGCUCUUCCAGGAUUCCUGGACUCCAGAGUUAAAAUCGAAGCUGGAAAGGUUUUUGGCUUUAAUUUUUAAAGCCAAUAACACGCCAAAGCUUUUAACCAUCUAUAAGGAAAAUGGACAAAAUAACAAAGAAAUGCUGCAGCAGCUCCACCAGCAGCUGGUAGAGGCUGAGCGUCGGUCCAUGACCUACCUGAAGCGGUACAACAAGAUUCAGGCAGACUACCACAACCUCAUCGGAGUCACAGCCGAGCUGGUGGAUUCUCUGGAGGCCACUGUCAGUGGCAAGAUGAUCACCCCUGAGUACCUGCAGAGUGUCUGUGUCCGCCUCUUCAGUAACCAGAUGCGGCAGAACCUGGCACACAGCGUGGACUUCACCAGGCCUGGGACGGCUUCAACCAUGUUACGAGCCUCCUUGGUACCAGAGAAACUGAAGGAUGUGCCAUUACUGCCCUCCCUGGAUUAUGAGAAACUGAAGAAGGAUUUGAUUUGGGGGAGUGACCGCUUGAAAGCCUUCUUGUUGCAGGCUCUGCGCUGGCGCCUGACCACAUCCCAUCCCGGGGAGCAGAGGGAGACAGUUCUGCAGGCCUACAUCAGCAACGACCUCUUGGACUGUCACAGCCACAACCAGAGGAGUGUGCUGCAGCUGUUGCACUCCAAGAGCGAGGCGGUGAGGCAGUACAUGGCCAGGCUCGUCAACGCGCUGGCGUCCCUUGCGGAAGGUCGCCUCUAUCUUGCCCAGAACACAAAGGUGUUAAGGAUGCUGGAGGGAAGGCUGAAGGAGGAGGACAAGGAUGUCAUCACCCGGGAGAAUGUCCUUGGGGCCUUGCAGAAGUUCAGCCUCAGGCGCCCGCUGCAGACUGCGAUGAUUAGAGAUGGCCUCAUCUUCUGGCUGAUCGACAUUUUGAAGGACCCUGACUGCCUGUCUGACUACACACUGGAGUACUCUGUGGCUUUGCUCAUGAACCUCUGCCUCCGCAGUGCAGGAAAGAACAUGUGUGCCAAGGUGGCGGGCCUCGUGCUGAAAGUUCUGUCUGAUCUCCUCGGUCAUGAGAAUCACGAGAUACAGCCGUAUGUGAAUGGAGCCCUGUACAGCAUCCUUUCCAUCCCAUCCAUUCGUGAGGAGGCCAGAGCCAUGGGAAUGGAGGAUGUCCUACGCUGUUUCAUCAAAGAAGGCAACGCUGAAAUGACCCGCCAAAUAGAGUUUAUCAUCAAACAGCUAAAUUCUGAAGAGGUACUGGAUGGUGUUCUUGAAUCAGAUGAUGAUGAAGAUGAAGAUGACGAAGAAGACCAUGACAUCAUGGAAGCCGACCUGGACAAAGACGAACUGAUCCAGCCCCAGCUCGGAGAACUCUCAGGAGAGAAGCUUCUGACCACAGAGUAUUUGGGAAUAAUGACCAACACGGGGAAGGCGCGGCGCAGGGGGCUGGCCAGCGUGCAGUGGAGCGGGGAGGAGCCCCUGUGUCGGCCUGUCACUCCUGGCGGCCACAGGACGGGGUGCCCAGUGCCGGGAGACCAUGUCAUUUCUCCCCAGAAUGCCGAACAAACCAGAGCUGCCUGCCCGCAGACCCUGCCCACCGCUCACCGGGCCAUGUACCAGGAGGGCAAGCCUGGGGCUGCUGCUCAGUGUGCUAAGCCUUGUGCAGCAGCCCUGAAUGCCAAGCCUGGAGAGUGGUUGCCCACUGGAUGUCAAGAGCCUCGUCCACCUCUCACAGCAGCUCCUAGCCAGUCACCAGAGCUGCUCCAGGACUCGGGCAAUGGAGACACCACCAGGGAAUAUACACCAGCAUUCACCUGCAAACCCUGGACCUCCCGCACUCCAGAGCCCCUGGAGCUGAACCCACCUAAGGCGAAAGCAUCAGCUCUGGCCCCUCAGUUCUCCUCAGGUGGCCCACAGCAGGCCAGCCGCCCUGGCUCCACAGCCUCUUCCUCGCGGGGCCUGAAGAGCAGCCAGGCUUACAGGAAGUGAAGACUCCCUAGCUGUCUCCACCACGCUGCCUGGGGACCAGCCAGCUUCCCACUCCCCACCAGCUUGUGGGCACAGAGGUCCAGGCAGCAUGGGGCGGAGGGAAGCUGAGGACGGCCAGCACUCCAGGCUGCCCAGAACCGAACCUGCUGAAGCCCCAUCUCCUGGGCACAGCCACAGAGGAGGGCUGGGAGGCCACGGCUGGCCUUCUGGUGAGGGAACUUCUCUGGCUACCCUUCACACCCAGAUGAGGAGCCUUUGCCCUAAAGACACCUCUUGGCCCCAGGGAUGGAAAAUUCUGGAUUCACCUUCCUCCGCCUUCAGAGGCCCCAGGCUGGGCACAGUGCAAGGCCAGACCAACGAGCAAGUGCCAUCUGGACUUGAGAGGAUGAGCAGGCCAUUUCCCACACUGCCAGCCAGGAAAGCUCGUGGAAGCUAGCUCGUCACUUCUCACUUGGCCAGCUGCAAAUAAACAGGGAGGAAAAGGAAAACUCAUACCCAAGCCAUGUGCCUCAACAAAACAAUAGCCUCGCUUCCUCCCGUCGCCGCUCAUAAAGAACAUCUCGAGUUCCAGGGUCCAGAGCAUCUCCGCACUCCAGCACACAGGUGUAAAGGCCUUAGCAAGGUGACCUGUUUAAUUCCUGUGUCACAGUGAGUGCACUGGCGCCACCAGCACAAUCACCAAUCCCACCACAACCCUCUUCCUUGCUGAGGGUGACAUCAGGCCCAAGUCUUAGGACAGAGGAAGGAAAUUUGCCUGCAGAGUCAGCGUGGUACAGGUGUCCUGAAUGUUUCCCAAGCUAUAGUAAACUAAUUAAACUAA